AUGGAAGUCUCUAGAGGAAAGGAUAGCACUAAGAACUCUUUAAAUGGCACAAAGCCAGAUAUCAAUGAAGAACAUCUAAGGCCAAAGGAAACAUGCUUUCUGGAGGGAAAUAGACCACAGGUUUUGGAGGAUACAGCUGGCACCGAAAGCACUAAAAAGGAAGAAGCUAGUUUUAGACAUCCCGAUUCCAAAAGAGGGUUAUUUGAGGCUUCUGCAAGUAACCAUGGGGUGAAUAAAGAGGAGACAUUAACAAGGGAUUCUGACAGCAGCUUUGACAGUGAUGAUACGGACAGGUGUUCAGGACUCUUAAGCGUUUACUGGAUCAAGGAGGCUGAAGGGCUGUACAAAAACCUUACAAGUCUGAGGAUUUCGGACAUGGCCCUUGAGAAGAAUAGAAGAAACCAUCCAAAUCCAAACUUCCUAUGUAAUACCGAAGAGAGAAGCAAUUAUACAAUGGUUUUAGAGGAUAUUUAUUUCAAGCAAAAGACUAAGAACUUGAAGAAAGAAAUCAAGUUGAAGUAUCUUAUUGAAGAGUUUUUCAUGGCACUGGAUAAAUUUGUUCUUAUUGCAAACUACUGUCUCAAAAGCACGGAGAUAGAGGAUGAAGACGAGGACUUCAAUUUUGCUUUGGUGUGGGUAAGAGAUGCAUUCCAUUGGCUAGGUAUUGAGGGAGCUAAGUAUUAUGCUCGGAAGUCACCAGGCCCUUACAAUGGAUGGAUCUCUGAUGUAGAGUUUUUGAUGAAUAGAUAUUUCUUUAGCCCAGAGUUCAACCAUGUAAAUGGGUUUGGCAUUGAACAGUCCAUGCAUGAAGGAUACAGAUUUGUAGAGAGCAGUGAUGGGAAGUACUAUCUUUCAUACCAGCCAUAUCCCGGGUAUUACGAUGUAAGCGAAGAGAAUAAGCGGUUUUGUACCGGUUGCAAUCUCAUACUUCCGAGAAGCUUGAGUCUACCCGAUGAUGAAUAUUUAAAUGAAGAGGGUGUUUGA